AUGGCACGCAUCUUCAUAACUGGCUCCAGUGAUGGCAUCGGCCAAGCCGCCGCCCGCAUCCUCGCAGACCGAGGCCACUCUGUCGUACUACACGCGAGAAACACAGACCGCGCCGCCGCAACCCACCGCGCAGUCCCCAAAGCCGAAGCCGUCCUAGUAGGCGACCUGCGCUCAAUCGCCGAGACAAAGAAACUAGCCCAAGAAGCCAAAGGGCCGUUUGACGCGAUCAUACACAAUGCGGGGAUUGGCUAUGGGUCUACGUCUAGUCGGGAGAUCACUGCUGAUAGACUGUCUGCUGUGUUCUCUGUUAACACACUCGCGCCGUAUAUCCUCACUUGUUUAAUGGAGAGGCCAACGUCGCGGUUGCUGUUUAUGAGUUCGGAUAGUCACUACGGCGGCGAUGAGAGUUUGAGGAAUGUGACGCAGAGCCAUUCGUACAGUGACAGUAAAUUGCAUGAUACUAUGCUGGCCAAUGCGUUUGCGAGGCGGUGGGGGGAGGAAAUUCAGGUUGUGAGCAUGCAUCCCGGUUGGGUGCGGACUAAGAUGGGAGGUUCGAUGGCUCCGGGGGGAAUGGAUAAGCCGGCGAGGGCGUUGGCGGAUUGGGCUGUUGGACAGGGGAAAUUGGCUGGUUUGAGGAGUGGGGCGUUUUUUACUACGAGUGGAGAGGAUUCGGCGCAUCCGGGGGCUGGGAAUGUGAAUAAGCAGGAGGAGUUAUUGAGGAUUUGCAGGGAGGUUUCUGGGGUGGGUGUUCCAGGUGAAUAG